AUGAUGACAAAAGUGUAUACAAGAGAAGAUAGAGAACGAUAUGGAUUGAAAAUACCAAAAGGAUUUAAUGGAAUUGGUGAUGAAUGUUUUGAAGGAUGUAUGUUGAAAUCAAUUAAAAUCCCUACAAAUAUUACAUCAUUAGGAAAUAAAUGUUUUGCAUUAUGUUGGAUGUUAACGUCUAUUACUAUACCAACUUCUGUUAUUAAAAUAGGAAAUAGAUGUUUUGAAGUUUGUUCAUCAUUAAAAUCUAUUACUAUACCAACUUCUGUUAUUAAAAUAGGAAAUAGAUGUUUUAAAGGAUGUAAUUCAUUGACAUCAAUUGAAAUACCAUACUCAGUUCGUAAAAUAGGAAAUGAAUGUUUUAAUUUUUGUGAUGAAUUAAUGUCAAUUGAUAUUCCAUAUUCAGUUAGCGAAUUAGGAAGAAAUUGUUUUUGUUAUUGUGAAUCAUUAACAUCAAUUGAUAUUGGAAAUAUUCAAUUUAUUAGUGAGGAAAGAAUGUUUGUAGGGGAAGAAAAACUCGUUUGUAUUGAACUUGGUAAUUUGAAAAGAAUAAAUGGAAAAGAAAUAAGCGAAAGAGACAUUAAUGAAUUUGUUAUUCCUACAUCAAUUAGAAAAAUAGGAGA